CGGCCCCACAAUGCCAGGCGGGGGAGCCCCACUCUCAGCUACACGCCACAGCAUCACCGCCUCGCCUCGCUGAAGAAAAAAAAAACCUCACAGAGAGGAGAGAAAUGCUAAGGGAUGUAAGAUGGCAGAGCUACAAAUGCUGUUAGAGGAGGAAAUCCCCGCCGGUAAAAGAGCCCUCGUCGAAAGCUACCAGAACCUGUCCCGGGUUGCGGAAUACUGUGAAAACAAUUAUGUUCAGGCUCAAGACAAGAAGAAGGCCCUGGAGGAGACCAAGGCCUACACCACCCAGUCCCUGGCCAGCGUGGCCUACCAGAUCAACGCCUUAGCUAACAAUGUGCUGCAGCUGCUGGACAUCCAGGCCUCGCAACUGCGACGCAUGGAGUCCUCCAUCAACCACAUCUCCCAGACCGUGGACAUCCACAAGGAGAAGGUGGCGCGUCGAGAGAUCGGCAUCCUGACCACCAAUAAGAACACCGCGCGCACCCACAAGAUCAUCGCCCCUGGCAACAUGGAGCGCCCAGUGCGCUACAUCCGGAAGCCCAUCGACUACACGCUGCUGGACGACGUGGGACACGGCGUCAAAUGGCUUAAGGCCAAGCAACAUGGGAACAAUGCGGCAGGACGGGGAGCGACACUUACCAGGACCACCCCUCCCUCACAGAAACCACCAAGCCCCCCCAUGGCUGGUCGUGGUACCCUAGGGCGUAACACUCCCUACAAGACCCUGGAGCCGGUGAAGCCUCCCGUGGUGCCCAACGACUACAUGACGAGCCCGGCCCGACUGGGCAACCAGCACAGCCCCGCACGCACAGCCUCGCUCAACCAGAGGCCCAGGACACACAGUGGCAGCAGUGGUGGUAGCGGCGGCAGGGAGAACAGCGGAGGCAGUGGAGUCGGGAUUCCAAUAGCAGUUCCCACCCCCUCCCCUCCCAGCAUGGGGCAAGUGGUGACAUCGUCUGCCUCGGUGCCCCAGGGCCCCGGUCUGGGUCCAAUACCCAUGUCCCAGUUUGGCACCAUCUCCCGCCAGAUCUCCCGUCACAACUCUUCCACCACCUCCUCUGCCUCCAUGGUGUCGGCCACUGGAACCUACCGCCGCGCCCCCUCCGUCUCCUCCCAGCAGCCCCACAUGAACGGUGGCCCUGCCUACCCACAGAACGCAGUGUCUGUGGCUCCUCCGCCUCCUCCUCCAAUGGUCCAGCUGACCCCACAGAUCCCUCUGACCGGCUUUGUUGCCAGAAUGCAGGAGAGCAUAACGGACAGCCCCGCCCCGCCUCCUCCGCCCCCCCCAGAGGACAUGGGUGUCUUUGAGGAGGCCUCCCCCCCUCCGCCUCCCCCGCCUGUGGACUACGAGGAAGAGGAAGCCGCGGUGGUUCAUUACAGCGAUCCCUACGCAGACGGGGACCCCCUGUGGGCCCCCAAGGUUUAUUUAGAGAAAGUUGUGGCCAUCUACGACUACAGCAAGGACAAGGAGGACGAGCUGUCCUUCAUGGAAGGAGCCAUCAUCUACAUAAUCAAGAAAAACGACGACGGCUGGUUUGAAGGCGUCGCUAACGGCGUCACCGGACUCUUCCCGGGAAACUACGUGGAGUCGAUCAUGCACUAUGCUGACUGAAAAAAACAAAAACAAAAACACACCCAAAAUGGCACUGCUAGUUUUGAGCGAAGGUAAAACCGUGAAGAUGUACAGAUGUUUGCCACUGACUGCAGUUCAUACGCCUCCCGUUUUUGAAUGAAGUGCCAUGGUGGAUUUUUCAGAUGCUUUUCUUCUUUUAGGGGGCUUGUGCUUGCACGGUUUUGUAAUGCCCCCCCCCCAAAAAAAAAACAGAGAAGGAGGGUAAUGACACUUCGGACUGGGGUCUGUUAGUUUACACUGUGGACAAAAGGGAGGAGAUAAAGAUAAGGGCCUUUUUUCCCAUCAAGCACAUCUAGAUUUUGUGUAUUUGCAACCAGUGUUGAUCCAGUUGACAGUGACGAUGAGGCAGUGCAGCGUUCUCUGGACGAGACCCCUUUUAGUUGCACCGUAGACCGCCAGACCGACCUUUUCCCCUCCUUUCUAAAACCUACAACAUACCACACACGCGGAAAAAAAAAACAACGACCCGAAAGGGACAAACAGACAUCAACAAGUGCAUUUAGGACACGACUGAAUGUUCGACGUCGUCGAUGUCCGAAGCGCAAGGUGUUUACGAGGGAACAAAAGCAACCUCGAGUUGUGUGUUCACUAUGCUCUGUGUUUGUGGGGCUGCAGAGAAGAAGAAAAAAAAAAAGGGGGGUUAAACCGAGUGUAUAGAAUGAUUACAAAAAAGACAAGCGAUUCUUCUUUCUGUUCUCUUGUAUAUAAACUGUAACGUGAGAAGCUGCCAGUACAGUGCAUUCGUCGGUUAGUGUGUUUCACCAUCAGCGUGAUGCCAAGAUUGGAUGUUUUCAAUUUUAUUGUUUCUUUUUUUACUCCUUUUUAAUUCAUCACUCACAGUGCCAUUUGAACUUCGUCGGCGCCAAGCGGCUGUGUAUAAACCACUUUUUCAUUUUACGAUCAUUCUCACUGUAUUCGGUGGUGCGAUCCAGCUGCUGUUGCAGAGGUGGCUUCUAAAGGAGAAUCGGAGGGAGGACGAAGCUGUGUGUUUUCACGUUGUUCUCCAUUGUGUUGAAAUGGCUGCACUGAUAGUAAUCAACGCCUGUGAUGACUCAACGAUUUCCUUCUCUUGCUUUUGACCUUUUUUUUUUUUUUUUUUUU